UAGCCACCGCGCCCGCGCGCCGCUCGCGUCCACGUGAACCGCACCGCCGCCACCACCCGCCGCCGCCCGCCCGUCCGAUGGCACAUCCAGCCCCCACCGCCCAGAAAAAACCUAACCGCCCACCACCCAUACCCAGCCCCCGCCUUAUCCUCCUCCACCGCCGCCGCCCCCGCCCCCCAACUACUCGUCCUCACCCCCACCCUUAUCGCCGCCCGCCCCCAGAUCUAGAUCUGAGCCUCCCGUGACCGAGGCCGCGGGUAGACAGGCAUACGAUGGCCGAGGAGCCUCCCCCGCCGCCGCUAGCGAGGAAGAGCGCGCCGGCGCAGCCCUGGUCGCACGUCGAGACCACGCACCUCAUCGACGCGUACGAGGAGCGCUGGACGGCGCUGCGCCGCGGCCAGCUCAAGGCGCACCAGUGGGAGGAGGUGGCGGCCGAGGUCGCCGCCCGCUGCGCUGCCACCCCUGGGGUCGUCGCCCAGCGCAAGACGGGCACCCAGUGCCGCCACAAGCUCGAGAAGCUCCGCAAGCGCUACCGCACCGAGGGCGCCCGCCCCGUCACCUCGCUCUGGCCCUACUUCCGCCGCAUGGAUCGCCUCGAACGGGGGCCACUCGCCGUCGCGUCUUCCGCCUACCCGGCCGCGACUGGUUCUCCGCCUGCCGCCGACGGCGACGAAGAAGGAGAGGAGGAAGAAGAGGAGGUGGAGGAAGAGGAAGAGGAAGAAGACGUGCAGGAGGAAAACGAGGAGGAGGAAGAACUCGCCCCACGCAACAACAACACCCGGAGCAUCAACGGCAUCAUCCGGGAAUUCGGCACCGGCCUUGCCCCGCGCCACCCGCAGCUGCAGCUCCACCCGCCGCCGCCUUCCAUCACGCCGUCCAUCGCGCCCCCGCGCAAGAGGGUGGCCUAUGAGGCGUUCCAGGCCAAAGCCGCCGCCGCGGCGGUCAAGGCCAAGGACGACGAAGAGGAGGCCAUGGAGAUGGCCCGCCGCCGCGGCUCCUCUGGGCGGCCCGUCGCACAGCUGUCGGCUGUGCUGAGGGAUUUCGGCGAGGGUGUCAUGCGGCUGGAGAGGCGGCGCAUGGAGGUGCAGUGGGAGAUCGAGCGAGGGUGGCAGGAGGCGGACGCCCGCCACGCCAGGAUGCUGCAGGACGCUCAGCGCCAGCUCCGUGACACGGUCGCCGGCGCCUGUGCCUUGCCGCCCAAGAAGGCCAGGAGGGACCAUGGAGACUCCUAGCAGCAAUUGGCACCUUGGAUUGUUAGUUAUGCCUUUUCUGAUGCUGUUGCUAGCAGGGAAGGCAUCCCAUCCCAAUUGGAUUGUACUCCUAGUAGGGCUAGUCAGUUCAGUUGGUAUAUGGUGGUAGGACUGAUUUGCAGUAGCAUCUUCUCCUAACCUAUGUUUUAUGACUUUAUUUAUGUCGUGUGAAUGGUGGCGGUGCAGCAGGCUAAUGCAGUGAAGUUGCUGGGUUUUGGUAGUGCGGGUGUCUGCAUUGUGUUCACUUGUUAAUUCCAAUUUUAUUUUUUGUGAUUAGCAUAUGCUCAUGAGUGCUAAAAAAA